AUGCAUCGUACGAUAUUGGUCGUGGCGCUCUUGGUCCUGAUCAAGACCGCGGUUUCCCAACUUAUGAUAGAGAGGUGCGGGGACGUGUUCGAGAGUUUCAUGCCGUGCAUGGGCUUCAUCGAGGGAAUAUUCCGACAACCUUCUCCGGAUUGCUGUCGAGGCGUGACCCACUUGAACAACAUCGUCCAGUUCACGCCUCCGGGAAGGAGGAACAACCAGGGUAAUGGUGGAGAGACAGAGAGAGUGUGUGCAUGCAUAGAGAUAAUGGGAAGAGCAUAUCAUCCUCCUUUUCUUCCCACUGCCAUUAACAACCUUCCUCUCCAAUGUUCUCUUUCUCUCAGCUUUCCUGUCUCCGUUUCUAUGGACUGUUCUCAGUUUAGAAGCACCAAGAAUCUCGACGUUGGAAAUCCAAAUUAA